ACUCAACUAUGAUAUGAAAGGGAUGGUGGUUUCAAGUGAGAGAUAUUGAAGCAUCUCAUUAUGGAUUUUGCCUUACAUUUGUUGCUCGAAAUUUCAAGUAUGUUUUGUGGAACAUCAAGCUUCAAACACAUCGAUGGGGACGACCCGCGCGCUCCGGUGGCUACCUCGCCGAAAGGAUCCAAGAAGAAGGCCGGUAACAAGAACCCCUACUCGACGAGGGGGCUCGACAAGUUCUCGGCCGUGCUAUUGGACCUCGAGUCCCAGAGGCAGAAGAUCAUGGCACGGGCCGGGUCGCAGGGCGUCGCGAUGGUGCAAUUCAUGUACAAGAGCACGAACGACUGGAUCCCCGUCGUCGUAAGGCUACGCAACCGACAGGACGAGGAGAGUAGAGUUUCAGGUGCCCAGAAGCUGGCGCCAGCCUCGCCAACCCUGGCUGGGGAUGGCGGUGCAGGCGAAGCUGCGGGAGGGGCGAAGGCGGUGGCGAAGGAGGAGCGGAAGGGAAACAAAGGCUUUGCAUGGGGAGGGUGGAGGGAGAGUCACAGUUGGAUGUUGGUGGUGGUGGUGAUGUUGGUGUGCAUUGUGGUGUUUGGUAGGGUUUUUGCUAUAUGUUGCACUAGUAUAUGUUGGUAUUUGGUGCCAAGUUUGAAGGGAGGGAGUGGGAUGAAUGAGAGAAGGUUUAAGAUGGGGAGGGAGCAGCAUGCAAGGAGGUUGAGUGAUAAGAGAUUGGGUGCAAAAAAGGUUGUGGGUGCUUCUUCUUUGGCCAACAAGAUGAAUAAUAUAGGGAGAAGGGCAUGAAAUUCAUAUGCAUAAUUGCAUGUGUAUCACUUUUGGAAUUGUUAAACUUUUGUUGUAUGAGAGGGGAAGAGAGGGUGAUGAGUGCUUAAAUAUGCCAUCCUUUUUCUUCUUCUUAUUUAGGGUUUGGUUUUGUUUUGUUUUGUUUACUUUACACCCUUUCUUGUUUCUUAUUAGCAUUGUUAUUAGUUAUGUAACUCAGCUUUAGCUUGCCCAUGUUGGGUUAC